AUGUUGCCAAUGACCUUCAAACCACUGGCCGCUCUCGUCGUCGCCCCCCUCAUAUCAUCGACCUGUACACUUUGGUACGCGUUCGAUCAGCACCACUUCCUCAGCAUUUUCACCACGCAUUCUGACCGUGAGAUUGACAAAUUCAUCCCUGAUUAUUUCACACAAUUCUUUACCGCGGGUCUUCCGCGCGUCCUGGGCCUUCUGGGUACGACAUGUGUCUCAGUUGCGGCAAACUAUUACUACCGCUAUGAAUUCUUGAUCGCAAAUCAGUCAUUGAAGUGGUACCUUGCUGGUGCCGCGUUGGCUGCCAGUCAUCUGUCCUUCGCGCCCUUGGUGCUGCCUCAAAUCAAAGAGCUUCAGGGAAAGAAUGGGGUUUGUCACCGAUCCAAACAGGUGCUAUCAGAGUGGUUGUAUUACCAUGACAUUCGAACCUAUACCGUUGAUCUGGCGGCGUGGGUGUGUUUCGCGGUUGCUGUGGGUUUGAAUGUGGUUGUUUAG